AUGGGACCCAUGGGCUGGAUGAAGUGUCCUCUUGCCGGGACAAAUAAAAGAUUUCUAAUUAACACAAUUAAGAACACACUGCCCUCCCACAAAGAGCAAGACCACGAACAAAAAGAGGGCAGCAAGGAACCGGCGAAAAGCCAGAGCCAGAAGGAGGAAGGGCGCCAGAAGCACCGGUCUCACCCGUACAAGCACAGCGUCCACGCCCGGCACUCACCGCCCGGGAAGCGGGGGAAGCGGGGUAGCCAUGAGAAGUCGCAGACACGGUCCAGCAAGCGGUGA